GCACUUAAGAAUGAACAUUGAAGACAAGCUGGGAGGAUUAUUUCUUAAAUGUGGUGGCAUAGACCAAAUGCAGUCAUCCAGGGCUAUGGUAGGGAUGGGUGCAGUAUCUGACCAGUCUGGAGUAUCGGGAGAACGGCAAGAGGCAGUGCUUCAAGAUCGGACUAUGGCGCACCAAGAAAUUCUUGCAGCAGAUGAAGUGUUACAGGAAAGUGAACUUCGACAGCAAGAGAUGAUUUCACAUGAUGAACUCAUGGUCCAUGAGGAGACGGUAAAAAAUGAUGAUGACAUGGAUACGCAAGAUAGACUUCCUCAAGGGCUGCAGUAUGCUGUUAAUGUCCCUAUCAGUGUAAAGCAAGAAAUUACCUUUACUGAUGCAUCUGAACAACAGAAACGAGACAAAAAACAAAUACGAGAGCCAGUAGAUUUGCAGAAAAAGAAGAAAAGAAAACAGCGUUCACCAGCAAAA